GUCGAAGGAGUCGCGUGUGGCGAUGCGUGCAUUGCUGUGCAGCUGCGUUGUUGGCCGAAUCGGUGGUCGCUUUCCUCGCGAGGCGUUUGUUGUGCGAGGUACGUCGUUUCUUCUUCGGACCGAAGAGCGUGCCUGAUGGUUGAGCGGAGCCCCCGCAACGUACGCGCCGACUGGGGAGGACGAGUGAUGGACGAUCUGCCGGGGUGCUGCUCUCCGGGAGCGGAGCACAGGCUGCGACACUGACCCCAGGCACAUGGAGGCCGGCCGUGCACCGGGUGUGUCGGUCUCCGGGUCGGGCGGCGCGUGGCUGCCGGCGCCGCGCGGCUUCCUCCUCCCCCUGGGCACGGGCAUCACGUUCGGCUUCGGCUGCGCCUACCUGCUGCUCAGCGUCAUCUCGCUCGACCACCCGGGCGUGGCCCCGUGGCUGCUGGCCCGCAGGCGGCCCAUCUACGCCCCGCAUUUGUCGGCUGCCGGGCCGCACGCCGACCACUGGGAGGACGAGGAACCGGCGGCGCCCGAGGUGCCGCUCGCCGGACACGGACCGGACGACGAGUUCCACCACAGCGACGAGGACCGCGUGGCGCGGGAGCUGCGGUGGCAGGUGCGCGUGCUGUGCUGGGUGAUGACGCAGCCGCGCAACCACGUCAAGAAAGCGCGCCACGUGAAGGCCACGUGGGGCCGCCGCUGCAACACGCUGCUCUUCAUGAGCUCGCAGGCGGACUCGCAACUGCCUGCGGUGGCGCUGAACGUGACGGAGUCACGGAACCACCUAUGGGCCAAGACCAAGGCGGCGUUCGACUACGUGGCGCUGCACCACCUGCGCGACCACGACUGGUUCCUCAAGGCGGACGACGACACGUACGUGGUGGUGGAGAACCUGCGAUACUUCCUGCGCGACAAGAACGCCUCGCAGGCCGUGUACUACGGAUGCCGGUUCAAGCCGUACGUCAAGCAGGGCUACAUGAGCGGCGGCGCGGGCUACGUGCUCAGCCGCGAGGCGCUGCGCCGGCUCGCCCGCCGGCGGCCGCAGGACGGCUGCCGCGCCGACGCCGGCGGUGCCGAGGACGUCGAGAUGGGGCGCUGCCUGCAGCGGUUGGGCGUGGCCGCGGGUGACUCGAGGGACGCGGCAGGCAGGGGCCGCUUCUUCCCGCUGGUGCCCGAGAGCCACUUGAUACCCGGACAGAUGCCCAAGGACUUCUGGCUCUGGUCGUACGCCUACUACCCCAUCAAGGAGGGCAUGGACUGCUGCAGCGACACAGCCAUUUCAUUCCAUUACGUCAGCCCCAACAUGAUGUACGUCAUGGAGUACCUUGUUUACCACCUGCGACCAUAUGGCAUAGACACCAGUAUACGUCCAAAAGCACCAAUCAGCCAGAAAGCUACCAACAGGACUAGUGUGCCGUGAUAGGCUGGAACUUUUCAUGCUGAGCAUUCUGCGCUGCCUCACAGUGCCAUCAGCGACAUUCUUCAGUGAUGGUACACUUGUGUGCUAAAUGAGCAGAGAACAGUCAGCAAUGUGUGCCUGACCUGUGACAACAUUGCAUUCCAUAGGCACAUGCCAAGUUGUUGUGGUUGCCAUGCAGCCUGUGUGCAUAACACCACACGUAGCACCACAGCUUUAUCCAAAUGGGUCAUCAGUGAUGCAUUGAACUGUGGCAUUCUUUGGUGCUGCUGAUAUUCACCUGGUGUGAUUUGCCGAUGGGAGAACUGCCGACAAUGGGAAUAUAGUAGAAAUAGAGUAAGUAAAUGCAAGUGAAGGGUUCUUAGUGCCCACCUCAGUACUUGAGUGUGUGUAAUCUAAUCCGUAGUUCUAGCAUUUCACUGUUUCAAUGCCUCCAUGUAAUGUUGAAAUGUCACAGGAGAGGUUGUGUUGCACAGAUAGUCACUCAUGGUAGACAUACUAGUAGCAAAGUGCCAUACCUAUGCAAAGGUCACCAGUAUGAUGGAAGGUGAAAAGCAAGUGAUUAGUGUGAUUUCCCCUAGAAAUCAUGACAGAAGGCUUCAGUCACUCAGUGUAACAAAAAAAUUAUUCUUGAACGAAAUAUAUAUUCCCAUCAAGCUAGCUCAUCAUCAUUUAAGGAUUAUCAUUUUAUUAUUUGAUUUGAAAACAUAUAUACACUUGACAGAAAAGGGAAAGCAAGGAGCAGGCUGGCAACUGCUCCUGGAAGGGGCACAAUGCCUGCCAACUAAGGACACAACUGCAAGUACAGGAGUUCUAAAUUUUGCAGCACUCGGGCUGGCAAGCUGAUCCUGUGAGUGGCCCCUAAUGUGUUAAAAAUGUUGCAAUUGCAAUCAUAUCAGAAAAUUAUAGGGCUCAGCAACUGAAGAAUUUAAUUUAGUACAGUGCUACCAAAAGUUAUCCUUCACACUAUUUCCCUUUGCCAGCUAGCUAUGCAGGUAUAAUUAUCAAUUAUGUUCUUUUUCAAAAUGGAAAAGCGAAUUUUGCGAGCAACUAUUUCACGCCCAUUGCUUUGUGCAUAAAAUGAUAAUGAAUCUCAUAGAUUCUGGAAAUGUGACCUAAAUCUCCUACCAUCAAUAACCACCAUCAUCAGAAGUGUGCUACAGGUGUUAGCAAUGGAAGAAGGUCUCAUAUGUAGGGAUACAUCCUAUUAGCAAAAGUUUUUUUGCGUCUCUGACUACUAAUUCAGUCAACCGCCACAAACCCAGUGAAUCUCAGCUUUACUUGAAUAAACAUCCAAAACUGAAUCUGUGGCCGAAUUCACAAAGCCUUUUCUUGCCAAGUGCUGUGUUCCGUUGGCCAGCUGCCUUUGGUAACAUGUCCAACAUGGCCAUUGGGUGGCAUUUGCUCUUAUGAACAGUUCUAACAUAACUUUUCUGUAACUAUAGGCCCCAAUAUUUAGAUCUGCAAAAUUUCCCUUAGGAGGCUCAAGCUUCUGCAAAAGUUUUGUGUAGCUGUCUCAUUUAACCAGACAUUCAUGACAUGCAGUUUUUUUAAUAAUGACGUAAAUAACUUAGAGAUAUAUUUAUGUUAAGGUAUAGCUAGAAUUUUAAAGCAUGUGUUGAUGGCUGCAGGUAUGGAGAUAGAAUGUGGCAUUCAUUGUUCACUUGUCUUUGGAGUCUGACUGCUUGAUGUAUGUUUCAAACUAUUCUUUGCAAAACAUAGCCAUCAGUGCACUUAACUGUGCAUAUUCCCUCUUAGGUUUGGAGUGCAUUUUAGCUACUCACAUUAGUCUUUAUUCUUUUUCUUUUGGCUUGCCAUCAAGUGAACAGCUCUGAUUGCAUAAAAUCGUCUACUUUGCCAUCGGUGCUGUGGCAGUGUAAGUUUAUACGUGUGUAAGAAUUAGAUGGACCAAAAGACAACUUUAAAUAUUUUAUCACAUUCACUUCAACAUUCCUUGGCUUUCGGGAAGCAGUCAUAUGUCUUUUGAAAUUCUUGCUUAUGUUUUAUGUUUUUUGUGAGAUAAGACAGUGACAGAUUUACCGUAUAAAGCAGAAUAUUAGUCGAGAUUUUUUCCAAGAAAGAAGCAGCUAAAACAAAAGUCACUCCUCAUUUUAUAUAGUGAUCUUUAUAGCACAUUGUGAGGCAUCAUAUGGCCAAGUCAAGGUCAGGAGUCAACCUAUAUUCUGGUUUAUACACUACUUUCUCCAGCUGCUAUUGGUUGUUCGUGGUGUUUUAAAUAAUAAGCUUUAGAGGCCUUAUAAAAUAUGGCAUCUUGGUCAGGUUAUUAAGUAUAUAAUGUAGUUUGUGUACACAGCUCUGCACAGUUGUUGCACUGUGGUGCAUAUUUUGGUUGUGCAUAAUCAGGCUAAUUGCUUAACGCUUAUGCCAGCACGGCACAAAUAAUUAAUAAGUUCUCACGUUUGGUACUGCUAGCUUCAAUGUGCUUGUUUCUUAUCUGAAACAAUGACAGCUAUUGCUUUCUACCAUUUUUGUGACUUUGCAUAUAGCACAUAUGAAGCACCCUUUUAAAAACAGUGAGGCACACUUUCAGGCACAUGAUUUUUGCGACAGUCACGGGCAUAUCAGUCUGCUCAUUUGCAUCCCACGGCCCACAUUCCCUGCCUGACAUCACUAAUUUUGGAGAUUAUGGCCUUACAUCAGCAUGGCUGCCAUGCACUUUACAGCCAGUACUCAGGUAAUGGCACCAGCAAAUGGGUUGAGACAAGUAUAGAGGCCUAGUCAUGCUUGAUGUGCCAUCAGUUGCCCUAACUGAUGAUAUUUGUCCCUUAGUUUGCUAGUGUAUGUACUCUCAUAGAAAGUGUCAUGUGAGGCCACGAGAGCCCUCAAUGCUUGCAAGGCUACUAUUUUUGCCUGCAGUGGUGAGAAUGUAUAUGAGCAUCUUGAGGUCUAAUCAAAUAGUGUUCCUCACCACUAGGACAAUGUAUGUCCACAUCGGUGGCAAGCUAGUCUUGUGCAUCAGGGAAGAAGCAGUGCUUGCAGUUAAAAAGUGCUUGCUUCUGGUAAGUAGUAUGGCAGUCCAGUUAUCAGAAACAUUCCACGAUGACCUUUCACAUUGUCAGGAUGACUGCAGGCUUUUUAGAAGAAAGUAUAGUCAUUUGCUUAUGCCACCGCGUGUACUUAUGUUUGCUGUGAAUGUGGUUCCUGUUGUGACAUGUUCAGUGAUGUAUUACCUAUGCGAUGUUUUGUUCAAUUCAUAGUAUCUUGUGAGUCUGAUUAAACAAUAUCACCAUACUUGUAACAGAGAAGACCUCCUGUCAAAGUUAUUUCAGCAGGCCAACCAUUAGUAUGCACAAUUUCAUUGCAACAAGUGCAUUCGUAAAGUUCAUGAUGUGGGCGAGGUGUGAGUACUUGCUGCAUGCAGAAGUGUAUUUAUGUUUAGAGGAUAAUCAUGGAAUAUUAACCUCAGAAGUAUAAUUAAUACGAUUUUAGGAGAAUUUGAUCAUAAAUACAAGAUAUUCCACCAUGUUAAAGAAUAUUACAGGGGAGACUUGAUGUCGGGUUCUAAUCUGGCUUUAACGAAUGCAAAAAAUAUUAACAGUGUACAAAUGUACACGUUUGUGUGAGUGAACCUAGAAAUGAAAAUUGUUACAAAAGUGGACUUAUACAAUAACCUUUCUAUAUUAUCAAUUAGUUUUCUUUUUACCUGUGUACUUACAAGGAUCACAGAAAGAUUGUUUUUCUUAAUGCCCAAUAGUGUUUUACAUCAAGCAGGUGCACGUUGAGUUUUUUAAGACAAGUGAUUGUGUGAAUGUGAAUAAAGUGUGCGUGUGUCUGAAAAGUUUA